AUGAAUCUGGAGGUGUCCAAGCCUGAACCCAAGACUGGCAGCAAGACAGCCACGAGGGCCACUGCACCUGGUUCUCCACGCAACGGCCCACUGCGCUUUAAGCAGAGGUCUACCCGCCAGUUCAAAAGCAAGCCCCCCAAGAGAGGAGUCAUUGGAUUUGGCAACGAAAUUCCCGGAAUGGAGGGUUUGGGAAUUGAUAUUACAGUGAUCUGCCCAUGGGAAGCUUUCAGUCAUCUGGAGCUGCAUGAACUGGCUCAGUAUGGCAUCAUCUGA